UCCGACAUCUGUCCUGAACCGGGACAGAAAGUCAUUGAAUCGCACGUUGAUUCUCUCCCUGCCUGUCGACCUUUUUCUUCUCCAGAUCUCCGCUCUCUCCGCCACUCCACAGCCGUCCUUCUGCCAAGCUCCGAGGCAGCGAUAACCGCCAUGGCACAGGUUCCGGAACAUGAACCCCACAAGCGGAAGCGAGACCUCGAGGACGACGGCAGCCAUCCUGCUCACCAUCGCCACCCAAGCAUGCAGUCAUCGUCUUCUCUUGCUUUAAUGGCCCCAGAGUCCGUUGUCAACUUUGUGACCAGGCCCAACGCCCCGCUCUUGUCUUUCCUGCCGGGCGAUGUCGAAACCUUUAACGAUCUCAUCUACCUCGUUAAUGAAUAUGACGCCGUCUUGGAUCGGAAGGAAAGCAUGGCAGCCAAUCUCGGGGCCAAACUGACAGGUCCCCGGUUCCUCCGUGGGCUCGAAAGGUUUUUUGAAGGCCCAAUCAAGAUCCUCUCGGCGAACAUCUAUCACCAAAUCACCUGGCUGGAGAUUGUCACAUAUGCCAAGACGAAUCCAGAAGCCUUCACGGUCAUGCCACUGCCCAGUGGUUCACGAUGUUGUCGCUUCGUGUACAACGGGGUGCAGGCCGAGAUUAUAGAAGAUGAUUGGCGCCUGAUAUCCUCUGGGGCGCUGGACAGAUUCCCGUUGGAAUACACCUUUGAAGAGGACGAGGCGGCCGAGCUGGCGACGCUUGAAAUCCUCGAGCAAAGAGCCUCAUAUCUGCACAGAAAGGCCGACGAGCUUGCGGGCAGAGCUCACCUUCUCCACCAAAGGCUUGAGAUCCGCAUUCGUGAUGUCGCCCGACGACAGCAGCUCCUCGAUGCCGGCACCAGCUGCAGCGCACCAUCCAGCUCCGGCAGCUCCAGCUCCAGCUCCAGCUUCCAGGCUAUCAACCAACCACAGCGCCCCGUCAUUGCGAACCCCGGCAGCGCGCCGCCCAAUAUCCAUACGGACCUUCUCCACCAAUUUUCCGUGGCCGCGAUGCAAAACGGCCCACCUCAGGGCCCGCCUCCGGGCUACCAUGCGCAGCCCGCCUCGCCCAAUGCCGGGCCUGCUGCCGGUCAAACCUUGACUGCGGCCUCCAACUCCAAGUCGAUUGCCACCAUGGCACUCAGUCAAGUGGCGCUCCCUGGCGACCCCGCCAACGAGGUACACCGGCCCCUUGUGCUGCAAAAGACAGACACCCUCAACAAAGGAGAGAUCAUCUUCCCUCCCUGCGACCGGUGCCGGCGCCUCCGCCUGCAGUGUGUCAAGCACCUAACGGCCUGUCGGGGUUGCACCAAGAAACACGCGAGAUGCAACUGGAGGAACGUUACUGACGAAGAAGCCGCCGACGUACGGGAGGAGCUGGCAGUCAUCUAUAAGGAAGCAAAGAACGCAGCAGCUGCUGCAAAAGCAUCCAGGUCAGCAAAGGCAGCUGGAAAAGCGCCAGCAUCAGCACCGCCGCCGCCGCCGCCAGCCAGCGGCUCUAGCGCAGGCCCCAGUACCGCGGCAAGCCAAGGCAACAUGAACAUGGACUACGAGUACAGGCCCGUAUUGAGUCCAGCGGCCGGACCGGCGCCGGUGAUGCCACCGAUGAUGCCACCGGCUCUGGCACCGGCUCUGGCACCGGCCCCUGCUGCCGAGCCACCGCGGAGGCUGCUCCCUACCACUCGGCUCACCAGGAUCGAGCCAGCCCCUACUGUGCCGAGGAACCCUCCACGGACGGGGCAUCUGGCUGCCAUCCUAUCACCGCCCGACUAUGAGCCUCGGCCGUUUGGAACGCUGCCACCUCUGGCCCCAAGGUGAAGACGGCAGGGAAGAAUUGGGGGGACCCCGCUUGAUAGCAUACUCGUAUACGAAUAUAGGUAAUACUAGGUUGGAUUUUUAUGGGAUAUGAUUGGAAAAAAGUUUGCCACGUUUGACGGAUUGUGGAUUGGGAUGCUUGUCUGGAUGCGCAUAUGCUGGGAUUAUGAACAGGACUAGGCAGAUUGAUAACCUUGGUAGGCUAAUGAGAAUAUGAUCUUUUAUCUUUGCAU